UGUGAGCUUUCUGUCAGUCAGACACAGCUUAUAGAGUGUGUGUAGAGUUUUUGUAAAGUGUGUGUAGAGCGUGUGAGCUUUCUGUCAGUCAGACACAGGGUAUAGAGUGUGUGUAGAGAUUGUGUGAUCCUCUUGUACAGCUGAACUGAGUUGAGCAUCUUCAGGAAUGUGGUGUAUCCUGGUUGUGAUGCUGGUGCUGCGUCUGGCACUGGGACAGCAGGUGGAAUCUGGAUGUGAGGACUGGUAUAAAGAGCCCCGAUCCUCAAACGAUGUCUGCUGCAACAGAUGCAAGCCAGGAAACCGGCUGGUGAAUCACUGUGGUGCCGACCCCAAGGCUUUGUGUGAGGUGUGUGAGAACGGAACAUACAUCACCGACGGCAACCAGAAGAUGUGCCAGAGAUGCAGAGUCUGCACAGCUCCAAUGAGAGUGAAGCAGGCAUGCACUUUUAGCAGUGAUACGGUGUGUGAGUGUGACCAGGGACUCCGCUGUGGAGAUGAUCAGUGCUCCUACUGCAUUCAAGAGUGUGGAAAAGGGGAGGAGCCUUCAGAUAAGAGAGGUUGUCGGCCUUGCCCUGAAGGAACAUUCAACAGUGAGAUCCAUCACGUCUGUGUGAAGUGGAGCAGCAGCUGCUCAUCACCAGACCAGAAGAUCAUAGCUCAGGGUACAGCUGUCAGUGACAUCGUCUGUGGCCCAAAGGAUGACCCUGAACCCAUCACUCCAGCGGCUAAACCCACCAAGAUCCAGCCAGACAGUAUCGAUAUCUCUCCUUGGACUACAAUGGGCAUUGCCAUCAUUUGUGCCUUCCUCAUCCUCUUUAUAGCCAUGAUACUGAUCACAGGUAUUGUGUGUAAAAAUGGAGAGAAGCUGAAAACUGCUCCUGAGCAUGAAAAAGCUCCACUGGGUUGGAUGCAGACUCCCGAGUCCGAGCAGUGCAGUUACUGCUCUCCACAGGAGGAGGAGGGCAGCAGCAGUGAUUUGUCGCUGGUGUCCGUUGAUAAGCCCUUUGAGCUGGUUGUUUGACGUCUGACUCAAAACGUCUGUUUUGAGUGCUGUUUUACACAUAUAAUUACAUACAGCUCUGGAAAAAACUAAGAGAUCACUUCAGUUUCUGAAUCAGUUUCUCUGAUUUUGCUAUUUAUAGGUUUAUAUUUGAGUAAAAUGAACAUUGUUGUUUUAUUCUAUAAACUACAGACAACAUUUCUCCCAAAUUCCAAAUAAAAAUAUUGUCAUUUAGAGCAUUUAUUUGCAGAAAAUAAAAGAGAAAAGGCUGAAAUAGCAAAAAAGAUGCAGAGCUUUCAGACCUCAAAUAAUGUAAAGAAAACAAGUUCAUAUUCAUAAAGUUUUAAAAGUUCAGAAAUCAAUAUUUGGGGGAAUAACUCAUGCAUCUUGGCAUCAUGUUCUCCUCCACCAGUCUUACACACUGCUUUUGGAUAACUUUGUGCCAUUACUCCUGGUGCAAAAAUUCAAGCAGUUCAGUUCAGUUUGAUGGUUUGUGAUCAUCCAUCUGCCUCUUGAUUAUAUUCCAGAGGUUUUCUAUUUGGUAAAAUCAAAGAAACUCAUCAUUUUCAAGUGGUCUCUUGUUUUUUUUCUCUCCAGCUGUAUUAGUAGUUUUAUUAGUAGCUUUGUAUUUAAUUUAAUUGUUGCUUUAGGAUUCAGGUUCCAACCCUUUUGGCAUUGCUUCUGCACUGCACAUUUUAGUGUCACCUUGCCAGAGAUGUACUGUGGGUGAUGAAGUUGUGAAAACAGGCCCAACCCACAGAAUUCAGAAUUUUACCAACUCCCUGCAAAACUUUUAG